AUGGCAAAAAUUCUCAAAGUAAAAGUGAAAGUCAAACCGAAAAUCAAAGAGAAGGUCAAAGGUAAAAUGAAAAUCAUAGUGAAAGCCAAAAUUCAAAACGAAAAUCAAAGUAAAAAUCAAACCGAAAAUCAAAGUGAAAAUCAAACCGAAAAUCAAAGUAAAAAUCAAACCGAAAAUCAAAA